ACUCAGUGGAGUGACGAAUCCCCUCGCAUUAACAAUCGAACUAAAAAUUCUCCGAUCUCGUCUUGUGAUAAAACCACUGACGUCCAUGCACCGUCGUCGGUAGCCCAUAAAAACCUCCCUGUGCAUAAGGAGCUUUACGAGCCUUAACCUCCACCCAAAAAGCCCCCCGAAAAAUCUGUCAGACCUUGUGAACAUCGGGAUAAUAGUGUUAUUCAGUUAUUAAUCAAUCGUUUCGUGGAGUCGUUUCGUCACUCCGCGAAUAAAACAACAACAACGACAGAUGAUAAAUAGACGUUGAUUGGACGAGGGCACGACUGUUUUGGAGCAUCAAUUUCUGGACGUGGGGGACUAACGUCGGAUCAAGGGGAAUUAUUUAUUCGGAGAUUUGGGGAUUGAAUGGUGUUGACCUUGUAGAAUAAUCAUGCCUCUGUUCGGAAAGUCUCAAAAAAGUCCGGCGGAGGUUGUGAAGGCCCUCAAAGAAGCGGUCAAUGCACUGGAGCGUGGAGACAAGAAGGUUGAAAAGGCCCAGGAGGAUGUUAGCAAAAAUCUCGUACACAUUAAGAACAUGCUGUAUGGAACAGCUGAGACUGAGCCGCAGGCGGACAUAGUUGUUGCACAGUUGGCGCAAGAAUUGUACAACAGCAAUCUGCUGCUUCUUCUUGUACAAAACCUGAGUCGCAUUGACUUCGAGGGAAAAAAGGAUGUCGCUCAGGUAUUCAACAACAUUCUGCGACGACAAAUUGGCACACGAUCACCAACAGUGGAAUACAUCUGUACAAAACCAGAAAUAUUGUUCACACUUAUGUCUGGGUACGAGCACCAAGAUAUUGCACUGAACUGUGGUACGAUGCUGAGAGAGUGUGCGCGGUACGAGGCACUCGCUAAGAUUAUGAUUUACUCCGAUGAUUUUUAUAACUUCUUUAGAUACGUCGAGGUUUCUACAUUCGAUAUAGCAUCAGAUGCCUUUUCUACGUUUAAGGAAUUGCUAACAAGGCACAAAAUCUUGAGUGCCGAAUUUUUAGAAGUCAAUUACGAUAAAGUUUUUUCUCACUACCAGAGGUUGUUGAACUCGGAGAACUACGUGACACGCCGACAGAGUUUGAAACUACUCGGCGAACUUCUGCUGGACAGACACAAUUUUACAGUCAUGACUCGAUAUAUAUCGAACCCCGAUAAUCUGAAGCUCAUGAUGAACAUGCUAAAGGAAAAGUCACGUAAUAUACAAUUUGAGGCCUUUCACGUAUUCAAGGUAUUUGUUGCUAAUCCAAACAAGCCAAAACCAAUUCUGGACAUACUGCUCCGCAAUCAAGAGAAACUCAUUGAAUUCCUGACGCGCUUCCACACAGACAGAUCCGAGGACGAGCAGUUCAACGACGAGAAAGCAUAUCUCAUAAAGCAGAUCAAAGAGUUAAAGUCUGUAAAUGAUAAUUAAAAAACACCCCAACAAAACCA